AUGAGAUGGAAUAAGACGGAAUGGAAUGAGUUUAUUACCACUGAAGAAGGUUUUGAAAAAGAAAAUAGUGUAUUGCUUUUGAGCGUUGAAUGCGGUGGAGUUGGUGUUGGUGCAGGUUUCAAAAAAGAGAACGUUACUGUGGUUGUUGGUUUCAAUUUUGAUAGUGCGGUGGAGUUGGUGUUGUGCGGUGGAGUUGGUGUUGGUGCAGGUUUCAAAAAAGAGAACGUUACUGAGAUUGUUGGUUUCAAUUUUGAUAGUGCGGUGGAGUUAGUGUUGUGCGGUGGAGUUGGUGUUGGUACAGGUUUCAAAAAAGAGAACGUUACUGUGGUUGUUGGUUUCAAUUUUGAUAGUGCGGUGGAGUUAGUGUUGUGCGGUGGAGUUGGUGUUGGUACAGGUUUCAAAAAAGAGAACGUUACUGUGGUUGUUGGUUUCAAUUUUGAUAGUGCGGUGGAGUUGGUGUUGUGCGGUGGAGUUGGUGUUGGUGCAGGUUUCAAAAAAGAGAACGUUACUGAGAUUGUUGGUUUCAAUUUUGAUAGUGCGGUGGAGUUAGUGUUGUGCGGUGGAGUUGGUGUUGGUACAGGUUUCAAAAAAGAGAACGUUACUGUGGUUGUUGGUUUCAAUUUUGAUAGUGCGGUGGAGUUGGUGUUGUGCGGUGGAGUUAGUGUUGGUACAGGUUUCAAAAAAGAGAACGUUACUGAGAUUGUUGCCUCUAUUAAAGUGUCAGAUGUGGAUUAUUCAAGUGAGAAAAUACUGCGUCUCAAGAAAAACCUCUACGAAGAGAAUGACAAUCAAGCAAAGAUGAUAUACUUGUCUGUUUUUAAUGUAUUUACCUUGGAACAAACCUUUAAUGCAGAUAGCGUGGUAAAGGAAGGCAUCUUGAUUUACAUAGGUGUUCUAUCCAUAAUUCAUGAACUUAUUGUCAUUCGUAGAUGUGGUGACCAAGAUACUUACUAUUUGUGGGUCGUCAACCACUCCAAUUUUAAUGAUGAAUAUGCUGAAGACAAUAAUUUCGGAACACAGAUUAUUGUUCUUAGGAGAUUCAUAAACACUCCCUUUGGCUACAGAGUUGCAAAAGUAACACUUGGUUUUACCCAUGGUUUGUGGAAUAUGUUUACAAACCGGUUAGUUGGCACGUUGUCAAACAAGAUAUCCAGUAAGAUCAUAUGCAUUUGUAAUGGAGACAGUAUAACAGAGGAUCCAGAAGAAGAAGCAGAAACGCGCGCUUUCUUGGAAAGUGAUGGGAAUAGCGGAUCAAAGCUUUUGGUACAUCUUCUCUUAACAAGGGAGUUCCGAAAACCAGAAGUCGCAUUGCUCGUUUGA